AUGGCCAAAAAAGCACUAGCCAAGGACCAAAUCGUCAAGCUCAUCGUGGGAGCCGGACAGGCCAGUCCUAGUCCCCCCGUCGGUCCAGCUCUGGGUAGUAAAGGUGUCAAAAGCAUGGAUUUCUGCAAGGAAUUCAAUGCUAGAACAGCUCACAUUAACCCCGGUGUCCCGAUUCCCGCUCGCGUAACAGUGCGCCCCGAUCGCUCCUUCCACUUCGAUAUCCGCACUCCUACGACAACAUGGCUGCUGUUGCAGGCGGCAAGGAUAGAACCACGCAAGAACAGAAUCCGUGGUGCCCAGAACCCCGGACAUGAGACAAUCGGCAAGGUCUCCCUGAAGCACGUUUAUGAGAUCGCGAAGAUCAAGCACUCCGAGACGAGACUAUCGGGAUUGAGCUUGGAGGGGCUUUGCAAGAGCGUCAUGGCGCAGGCGAAGUCAGUUGGAAUUCAGAUCGCCCCAUAA